AAUAGACACCCCGGAUCCUACCACACCUCACAAACGCUAAAGAAUAAUGUCGAGUCGACAUCUGGAACCCCGUUUGCCCAACACGCAACCGAAGAAGCUCGAAGGAGGAUAAUGCCGCUACCUUCUCCCCAGCCAACAUCGACUCGGCAAAUUAACUUUAAUUACAUACCGUCCACUGAUCCAAGCAGAACCACCUUCAACUUCAGAAUGGCGCCAAAACCAGACAUGACUCUGAAAUUCUCACCCCGGGAAAUCCCACAGAGACCUAGGAAGCGUCGGCGGACAGCAGGAGAUGUCGACGGUGAGAACUCAUGCCCGCACAACAAAAAGCGGCGUCUGCGUCUUUUCCUCAUCACAUCCCGCCUCUCUCCUCAGUAUUCCCAGCCUGCGACGAACAUAGUUCACCGUGGCCACUCUAAAAUUGCCGUUUGGGCAAAGCAAAAGGCCUUGGGGCGCAAUCUUCUCUGCAAAGCAUCCAUCCUAAAUCGCAUCCGGCGGCAAGCCAUGCUUGCGCGAGACGCCUCUGCCGGGCUCGGGAAGGUGCUACUGGAGCAGGAAAGAGAGCAAGAACAUAUUCAGCUGGCGACUUUGACGCUGAAGUUUGGCAGCCAUGACACAUACACCCACAUGCCACGCCCAUCCUUAUCUCGACCCGCGGAAAAGGUGGCAGACACGAUCCAGCAACGCCCUCCCAACACCCCGCCUCCUCUUCAAAAACCCUACAUCCAAGGCAUCGCCGCCACCACCACGUACAAGUCCCCAAACGAUGCGUACUUUAAUCAAGUUCCGCUCCAGCGGUCUCCACGAAGAUCCUAUCUUCCAUUACCCCCUUCCCCCUUGGGCCUUUCCAACUACGAUGCCUUUGAUCAGGAAGACGACAUGCCAGAUCCCUACGCGCACUUGGACGAGGAGUACGAAGCGACCCCAACCUACACUCCACCUUCUCCUGGCGCUGUAUCUCCACCACAAACCGUUUAUUCGGAUUUUGGCGUGCUAGACCCGGAUGAGCCCGUCUUGGGCGACUACGACCAAGUCGACGAAGGCGCUUGUGCUAUCUGGCCCUCUACCACCAACGGUAACAUGCAGCUUGAAUAUCAAAAUCAACCUCAUCAACAGGCGUACCCGGUAGCAACCACUUCUCCUAAUAUCCCUGCGCUGUUCGCUGCUCUGCCCGCGGCAACAACGACGGCGGCAACUUCGUCUGUGCCUAACAUGUCGCUCUCGCCUACAGCGCAGUCGCCGAAUUUCACGAGCCCGCUACUUAGCCCGGCGUUGACUCCCUUACCGACGUCACCGAAUUUGGAUGAUGUGGCUGCUGGGGACACAGUAAAGCAUUUGGGGUUUUGUGAUGUCAGUGGGGAUGAUGAUGAUGUUGCGGUGGGAAGACAUGCUGCCAGAUCCGAGUUUCUACGCUGA